UGAUGUUUGGCUUUUAUAAAGGGUUCUUGGUGCACUCUGGGAUGGAAAUUUUUCUCAAGGCAACCAGCAGAAACUAUUUUAGGCUGAGAUUUUCAUAACAGCUUUACUGCCUUCCUAAAGGAAGAGAUCACCUGAUUUCCUGGAAACAUUGGAGAAAAACCACCCCACUCCACCACCAUUUACAUCUGCUUGGCAAUGGAUGGUGGGUGAAGGACUUUGGGCACUGGAACAUUUGGACCAGGAGCAGAUCCUCUGAGGCAUUUCAUGGACUGACAGGAGAGAGAAAAAGGUGGCUGAGGAAAUGGGAGCCAGUCAAGGUGACCAGAGUUGUUCACUGCUCUCUUAUCUCCCCAUACACAGCCGAGUUCUCACAUCUGCUGUUCUCCAGGCCAUUGCUCAAGCAGUAAAAUACAGAUGGUUUCUCAGCAAGAAUCCCAUGGAAGGAAGGAAUGAAAGAAGGAAGGGAAGGACCCCUAAUCCCCAAAAGCCAGAUGAGGUCAGUGUUAGCAGCAGAAGACACACAGGACCACUCUGGUAGCCUCAAGUGCACCUGAAUGCUCACACUGCCCGUGCCCCCAGUCCCAACCCCUCCCUCCCAGAGAGGAGCAGCAGAAAGAAAUGAAACACUACAGAUGAGGAGGGCAAGGAGUUCAGGAAGGCUCUAAUCUCAUGAACUCGCUGGAGGGGAUGAGGAACUGCUUGUUCCGGGCGCUGGGGGAUCAGCUGGAGGGGCACUCCCGCAACCACCUGCGCCACCGCCAGGAGACCGUGCAGUUCAUGGUGCAGCAGCGCGCCGACUUCGAGCCCUUCGUGGAGGACGAUGUGCCCUUUGACAAGCACGUUGCCAAUUUGGCCAAGCCUGGUACUUUUGCUGGCAAUGAUGCUAUCGUGGCCUUUGCAAGGAACAACCAAAUGAAUGUGGUUAUUCAUCAGCUCAACACUCCACUGUGGCAGAUCCGGGGCACGGACAGGAGCGGCGCCAGGGAGCUGCACAUCGCCUACAGGCACGGCGAGCACUACGACAGCGUCCGCAGGCUCAGCGACGACUCGGAGGCGCCGGCGCACCUUCGGAUGGAGAUGCUUUGCAAGAACGAUUCCAGUAAGGCAGAGGAAGUGAAGCCACAGAAGGGCAGCUCUGAAGAUGAGACUGAGGUGGAGAUGGAAGAUGCUGUACAAAAAGUGUGCAGUGCAACUGGGUGUUCAGACAUGGAUUUAGUGAGCCACAUUCUUGAGGUGGAGGACUACAACGUGGAGUCUGCAAUAUUUGUCAUCUUGCAGAUGAAGGAAGUGGAAGGAAUAGGUGCUGAGGAGCAGCAGGAGCCCCCAGGCAGGGAGCAGAAAUCCUGCAGCAGGACACUGUGGGAAGAGAAUGGAACUGGUUCAAGAAUCUUUGGAAAUCAGAGCUUGCAUCCAGGUGAAGCAGAGAACAACAAGGGACAAGCUGGAUCCAGGGAAGAGAACCGAGCCAGCAGGAACCCAAAGGUGGCCAAGAGGCAAAGGAAGGAGCAGCAGCGGCUGGAGAAGAAGAAGCGGCAGGAGGAGAGGCACAGGCAGAAGGUCCUGGCCACCAAGGGGGACAGGGCAGACACCAGCACAGAGACAGAGCCAGCCAGCCAUGUCACCCUGGUCAAGGCCAUGGCUGCCCUGAACAUAUGACUCAGUGCUCUGAUGAGAAAAGCAAAUAAAACUGAUGAAGGCAAAAUUCCCCCAGGAGAAUUUCCAGGCACCCGUGUUUAUCUUGAAAUCCAUCUCUGCUGGGAUUUCCAAACACAAGAGAGCUUCCUCUUCCUUUGCUUGUGGGGAGGACAAUUGCUCAUUGAUUCUGCAUCAACCUGUGGUGAGAAGAGCUAUUUAAACUUAACAGGAAGUAGAGACUUGGAUCUAUAAUUUUGAAGUUACAUGAAGGUCAGGACCUUUUCUUCACACAACGGUGUCAGAUUUAUUUUGACAUCUCUUGAUGUGCCUGGUUUGGUUUUAUUUUGUUUUUUUUUUCUUUUAUUUGGUUAUGCCUGGAGGAGCUUUAUUUUACCUCACUGUCAGGGUGUCAGACAAUCUCUUAACAAAUCUCAACUCAGGAAUAUCUCUAGUGGAUCUUUUUCUAUUUAAAUUCAAAAAAAAAUAAGAAAACAGAGUCCCAGAAUCCUUUCCAAAGCAAAGUGUGUCAGCCAGCACUGCUGUCUCAAACAUGACAUUCCUGUUUUGUUUGCCAUGCAGGAAUACAGUGACAAGUUUUAAUCUCACUGGAACUGCUGGCAUUGCACUGAGCAGGUUCAGAAGUGAUGAAUACAUGGAGGGAGCUGGGGAUUGCUGCAUCCAUGCUUGCUGAGGUUUGGGAUCAGCUCCUUUAUGAUGAGACCUGUAGGGGAUAAAAAAACCCCAAAACAAUAAUCCCAGUUGACUCAUGAGAAUGCAGAGCUGAUUCUUCUGAUCUGGUAAAAUGUGACAGGAACAGGCUUCAAGUUUCUGAUGAGUGGUGUUACUUGGACACCUGGAGUCUUGUCCCCUUUGCCCUGUUCCAGAGCUUUUGGGCCACUCCAGGGCUUUAGUCCAAGUCAGGGGCUGGAUAGGUGUCAGUCUCCAAAUGAAAUCAGUAUAGCCAAAGGACCAAGAGAACUGAGAAGAAGCUCCCAAGCCGCAUUGAUCCCAGGAAAACCUGCCUAUUUCACUUCAUAAAUCAACCUUUUUUUCCAGGGUAGGUUUUUUUUCUUCUUAAAUUCCAUUUUAGUGAGGUCACCAAGUAGGAUGCAGAGCUUGACUCCUGUGAUGUUUUCCACUGUAGGACUGAGAAUUUGGAUAGAAGUGAAAGGGCUGUGGGAUUGAUCAGCCUUUGAUUUAUAGCUCCCAGUGUUUCAGCUCCACUCAGGUUUUUGGACUUGUAACAAGCACUAAGCUUGAAGAAAGGACAUGUGCACUACACACUGAGACACCUCAUCAGCCAGGGCAGAGGUGAGAGGGAUUUUUUAAAAGUAAGGAGUGUUGCAUUUGAAAAACUUGUCUGUGCUUAAAAGUUUAUAAAUCAGCAUGGAAAUAUUAAUGGGUUUUUUACUGAACUGCCAGGAACUGGGCUGGUACUUGAAGAAUAAGAAGGAAGGACUCUCCUGUAAGAACUGGUGGCGUAGGAAUUCCUUUUUCUCCAAGACAGUCAUUUUUACAGUAGUGGGAAGGGAGGUGAGUCACAGCUUAGUGGGGAGAAAGUGCAAAUUCUUUCAGGGGGUGAUAAAUUGUGACAGCGGGUUUGGCAAGGCAGUGCAGGUGACUGUGUCACCCGUGUCCUGCCCUGUCCUGUGUUUUGGUCUGAAAAGCAGGUGUGUUCUGAGGUUUGAAGAGAUAAGAAAUUGCAGUUGUGCACUGUGAGUAAGAGAUUUGAUCUCAGUGAUUUGGGGUUUUCUCCUGUGGAGCCAGAGCUGACAAGACAUUCAUUGUUGCCUGGAGCCUGAGAGCUGUGGAGGGAGUUGGUGAGGAGGGAACCCAAACCUCACCCCAUGGUGUGCAGCAGGAAAGGGGGGUCUGCAACAGCAGCACCAACAGCAGAGGGAGAGAAUGGCCCACAGCUCAUGGCCUCUGAUACAUGAACAAAAUCUGGGGCUGAAAAUGCUUUCAUUUCCAAGUGUAAUGUGAUUAAAAUAAACUCGUAAUGUACUGGGCUCUUAAAUCUUGACAAACCAGUCAAAUUCCCUUUAUCUUGCCAGGGCAGCUUUGUGCCUGUGCAGCCAUUCCAUAUCCAGAGAUGUUAAAACUGAUUUUGUCUCUUUCACGUUUUUCCCGUUGAAAUUUCCACCUUCCCAAUGUAUAUUUUUUUCCCUAGGGAAUCUUUGUGCAACAUUCUUCACCAAACUCAGUUUAUGCAGUGAAUUUGCUUUGCAAACUGAUGGUGGGUUUUCCUGGGAGGAGGAAGGGAGGCAAGAGAGCAGAGCAGAACAACACUGUGAUUCAUGCAUGGUGUGUGUUUACUCCUUGGUGGAGCUGAGUGCUCUGUAAUCCACGGGCCAGGGGUGGACAAUGAGCCCUGGAUGUUCCCCUGGGCUCUGAGGAGGAUGACUGUUUGUUCUUAGCAGCUGGCUGACACAUAGGAGGGUGUUUUGGCUCUUGCUGCAGCAGGGUCACUGUGAGCCUCUCAAGGGCAAAUACACAGCAGGAAGAUGUAGAAAACCACUGUCCCUGCCUCCUGUCUCCCUCCAUCAUCUUCCCUCGACUUAUUUUCCCAAAUCCUGCCCCUGCAGGUCAGAAUUCAGUUGAACUGGAAGUUUUAAGCAGGUUCUGGCUGACCUCCAUAAGCAUGGCUGUGUGUGGGAAGGGUUUCUGCCCGUGCUGCUCCGUGUCUCCUUUCCCUUGUUCCUACUUAGGAGCUGCCUUCUGGUUUAUCUCCCAGCUCUGCCACAUCACCCAUGGCCUCCACGCCUGCAGAGCUUUGGGAGCUGCAGAAAGGGAGAGAAAUUGGGCAUGAAGAAUGAUCCACAAUCCAGUGUGGGGUAAAAGAACAGGAAAGGGAGGGAAAUUGGGCAUGAAGAAUGAUCCAUAAUCCAGUGUGGGGUAAAAGAACAGGAAAGGGAGAGAAAUUGGGGAUGAAGAAUGAUCCAUAAUCCAGUGUGGGAUAAAAGAACAGGAAAGGGAGAGAAAUUGGGGAUGAAGAAUGAUCCAUAAUCCAGUGUGGGGUAAAAGAACAGAAAAGGGAGAGAAAGGGAGAGAAUUUGGGGAUGAAGAAUGAUCCAUAAUCCAGUGUGGGAUAAAAGAAGGUGGUUUGUGCUGGUGUUGAGCAGUGGGGUGGUCCCUAGAAGCUUCCUAGGUACAAGCACCAGCCUUAGAAGGCAGCAUUGGCUCUGUCUCAGUUUCUAGAAUCCUUAUUGCCUGUAGAAAAUGAGAAGAAAUAGGUGAUUUGGAGUUAUAAAGGUACCACAUUUACUGUAGGAGCUUGAGGCGGGGAUGCUGUUGCUUGUAGUGAAACACUAAACCAAGGCAGGAGCCCUCAGCACUGAUGUGGAAAUCAAAUUAAUUACUCUUAAACUCCUUUAUUUUAGGCAGAUCACAUCUCAGAGGCAGCAUUACAGCUGGAGGUGCCUCCAUCGAGGCCCAGGGUGCAGCCAGACCUGGCUGGUUAGAGUUAAUUAGGGCUAAUUUGGGAUCAUGUGCAGCUGUGGUGUGGGACAAGGUGUCUGCAUGGAGCAGCAGCCUGAGGAGACAUCUGUGUGCAGGGAAGAGCCACCCAAGCCUCUGAGACCCCACCACUGGGCUGCCCUGUGCCUUCAGUGAGCAUUAAUUGCUAUAACAGUCAUUAGAGGUGGGAUGGGGCUGGGUUGUGGAUUGAGGCUGAGCUCCUGGAGAGAAGCUGGCCUUGGAGCCUGCUUUGGGGCUGGGGUGCAGCAGCCACUUGCUGUUUCUGUGGGCUUUUUUUUUCCUCUGGAUCUCUUAAGAUUUACUGGUUGGCUGCUAGAAAGUCACUUCUGAUCAUUUUUAAAGAAAAAAUGUAUGCAGGAAAGAACAUGUCUUCAAAAAAUCAGCCCUCAAUGUCCAUGCCAUUAGCUACCCCUUCCACCACUGAUUCCCAAAACACAACACUGGCCACAAUUUUGAAACAUAUCUUUAUUUGCAGGCUUUACCUGAUUUUUAUGAGUUAUUCAACCAUGGGAAGCAAGAUUUCCCUGUGCUAAGGCUCUGGGGAAAGGCGCUGGACAAUUCUUCAGUGCCACAGGGAAGGCAGAACCUGCCAGUUCUGAUGGUUCCUGC